AUGGUCUCAUUGUCCGAUGUGGCGGGCAGUCUGCUGCAAGGUCCUUCGGGUGAUGCGGCUGCCCAUGUCACCGAGCGGGAGCAGUCAAGCUACAAGCCUCUGACUACGUUCAAGCUGGAGAAGGACAGGCAGUACCAGCAGCAGUACGGAGACAUGUACUUUCUCCGGCUCACCAAAAUCAAGCCUGCUGUCGAGGAAGUAGCUGCGGCGGCCUUUGACGAUGUAGUCAUCGCCAAACACCAGGCGACGAAGGUGGAGAGGGUGCUCGAUGUGAGGCAGGGUGAGCUGUGCUGGGUGGCGGGUACGGUAUAUAUGGAUAUGCCGCUGAAGCCGAGCAUCUUGGAUGAUGUCUCCAAGGACCGAUGGAUCUCUGCUCCAAACUUUGUCCAAAAGUACUGGUCUGAGGACGACUGCGAUGCCAUCAUGUUGGAGGACGAAUCAGGUCGGAUCAGGCUCGUUGGUGACGUGCUCAAAUCCGUGCUUCUGGUGACCGGCUGCAUUAUCGCUGUGGUAGGCACGGAGAACGCGCAAGGAGAUUUUGAGGUCAUCGACAUCAAGUUCCCGGAUCUGCCACCACAGCCAGAACGUUGGCAGUUGACCAAGAAAUCCGCCACCAAUGGCACGAAAGCAGUCAAGAAGGAAAAGGCGAAGAGCGAAGACGUGGAGAUGACGGACCGCGACCCGCAACGGAGCUCUGGCACCAAAAUCGCCAUUGUGUCUGGUCUCAACUUCUCGGGCUCCGACACAUCAUAUGCAAUGGAGCUGAAUCUGCUCCUGGAGUAUCUACUUGGCGAGGCGCUCGAUCCCGCCACGCAGAAGGAGCUGGCGCAAAUCAACCGUUUGAUCAUUGCCGGAAACUCAAUAUCAGCCGACCGGGCACCUCGCGACGACGAGGAGGCCCAUGCGGAAAAGAAGCAGCACAAAAAGUAUGGCUACGACGCCAGCACGUACAACGCCAUUCCCUCGCAGCUGUUCGACGAGUUCCUGUCGGAGAUUCUCCCCACGAUCCCCGUGACGCUUCUACCGGGAGCCACGGACCCUGCAAAUGCCAGCUUUCCGCAGCAACCUAUCCAUACGGCCAUGUUCCCCAAGGCUAGGUCGUUCGCAGCGGUGCCAGGCGCCAAGGAGCCGGGAUGGUUUGACGCGGUCACGAAUCCCUGGGACGGAGAGGUGGAAGGCUGGAGGGUAUUGGGCACAAGCGGCCAAAAUCUGGAUGACCUGUUCAAGUAUGUGGACAGCGACGACCGUCUGGGCAUGAUGGAGGCGAUGUGCAGGUGGCGCUGUUGCGCGCCGACGGCGCCGGAUACAUUGUGGAGUUAUCCAUUCCAAGACGAUGAUCCGUUCGUUCUGACUUCCUGCCCGCAUCUGUACUUUGUCGGGGGCCAGCCAGAGUUUGCUACGAAGAUCAUCUCGGGCCCCGAAGGUCAAAACGUGCGACUAGUCGCCGUACCAUCGUUCUCGGAGAAGAGGGAGCUGGUGCUGAUAGACACGGAGACCCUGGAUGUCACGCGGCUCAAGAUCGCGAUUGACUGA